UAGCUAAUCUGGAGAGUCAACGUCAAGCUAUCAACGAUUCCUUGCAGAAUUACAGUCAUGCCUUAGACAGAGCUAACUGGAACAAGAUGUCCACCCAGAAUGCUCUGGAUGAGUGCAGGGACAGGGCAAGUUACAAUGAAGGAAUAAGGAAUGCUGGGAUUGGGAUUAUGUUUAUUCCCAUCCUAGGCCUCAUCGCAGGGUCAGUGAUGGUUGGUGUUGGAGAAGUAGAACUAAAUCAAGCUAAUAGGCAGGCACAGCAAGCACAAGAGGAAGUCAACCGUUUUCAGAACUUGGUUAAUUCCUUCACCUCACAGUUAGCUACAAAGAAGCAAGAGAAGACUGAGCAAGAAAGGAUGAUUGAAGAAUGUCAAGGCAACAUCCGGAAGACCCAUGUGAGUCUCAAGGAGAUGAAGAGUAUGCAGAUGAAAAUACCUGGCUUUCAGAAGAAGUUGAGGGACGCUGUCCACUUUCUAAGUGUCUUGGCUGGCAGAGCUAAUGUUGCCAUGAUUGUGAGUUCUCAAUCUGUCAUCUUCCUGGAGCCACUGUGCACUGCAAUGGCAGCGAUUGUGGGCCUCUUUUAUCAAGCUGUAGGUGGGAAGGGUAAUCAGUUCCUGCAGGACAUGGACAUACAAAUGGCCAUUCAGUGCCUGCAGGUUGUCCAUAAACGAGUCUCAGCCGUUACUGGCGAGCUUGGUCUCCUAGAGGAUCAGUUUCUUUAAGCAAAGCAUGUCUUACCAAUAUCAUUUGUAAAAUUAGACAUUUGUGCUUUGUGUGGAAUUAAAUAUAUUAAUUUAGAUUGAGAUAUUAAUAUAUUAAUUUAGAUCCUCUGCUGAUUUGUAACAGUAUUUACUGUAGGUCUACAUCUUGACAUUUUCCUUGCUUUUGUCCUGAUGAUAUUGCCAUUAAUUAUGAGAGAAAGUUAAAAAGAUAUUUGUUUCCAACCUGUCACUUACUAAUCGUACAUGCAUACCAGUAUUGUGCUGUCACAAUUGUUUUAAAAGUUUAAAAUCAAGAGUGAAACAUUGAGUAUGUAUUAUGAAAUACCUGCGCCUUUGCUUUUUGAAACAAUA